AUGUCAGUCUUGAACACCUCUGAAAUGGAAAUCUCUACCUUUUUCCUCAUUGGGAUCCCAGGCAUGGAGCAUGCUCACAUUUGGGUCUUGAUCCCCAUUUGCCUCAUGUACCUCCUUGCCAUCCUGGGGAACUGCACUGUCCUCUUUUUCAUAAAAACAGAGACCUCUCUGCAUGCUCCAAUGUAUUAUUUUCUCUCCAUGCUGGCCUUUUCUGACCUGGGACUUUCCAUCUCCUCCCUUCCAACCAUGCUGAGAAUCUUCUUGUUCAAUGCCACUGGAAUUUCCCCCAAUGGCUGCUUUGCCCAAGAGUUUUUCAUUCAUGGAUUCUCAGCUAUAGAGUCAUCAGUUCUUCUCAUCAUGUCCAUAGAUCACUUCAUAGCCAUCUACAGCUCUCUGAGAUACACCUCCAUCCUGACCAGUGCCAGAGACUUUAAAAUCGGCCUCAUAUUUGCUGCAUUAUGUAUCAUGUUUGUCCUCCCUUUCCCCUUUAUUCUAAAGAGGCUUAAAUUCUGUAGGAAAAGCCUUCUAUCCCACUCCUACUGCCUCCACCUGAAUGUCAUGAAGCUGGCCUUUUCUGACAACAGGGUCAAUGUUAUCUAUGGACUCUUUGUGGCUCUUACAUCCUUAUUGUACUUGGGGUGCAUUUCUGUGUCUUACAUGUUGAUCUUGAAACUUAUUCUAGGCAUUGCCUCACACAAGGGCCGCCUCAAGGUUCUCAACACCUGCAUCUCCCACAUCUGUGCUGUGUUCAUCUUCUAUGUGCCUUGGCCGCCCUUCAUCGCUUUGCCAAAAAAUGUUUCCCCAGUCAUUAGGGCCAUUAUAGCUGAUAUUUUCCUUCUGGUACCCUCUAAUGAAUCCCAUUGUGUACUCAGUGAUGAGUCAGCAGACUAG